AUUAUACCAGGCACUUACAUUGUGGAAUAUUCUGAAGGGCAUGACGAAACACAAUUUAUGGAGGAUCUUGGAUCCAUGAAAGAAUCGGUUCAAAUACGACAUACUUACGCCUCAUCACUCUUUCGCGGCAUGUCAUUUACACUAAAAGACAAUACAUCACACAAUAACAGCGCCAUAGCAUCCCCAUCUUCUCAAAAUCUGGAAAGCGAGCAUCCCGUGCUAACCCACAUGGCCAACUACCCAGCCGUCAAACGAAUGUAUCCUGUGUAUGAAAUUCCGCGCCCCCAAUGGUUAUUCAGUGAAGACGGACGCGACCGCCCUUACGAGAACCACAUUACCGAAUUGAAGGAUGUCCAUGAAAAACUGCAUCUCACCGGCCAAGGCGUCACCGUGUGCGUGCUGGAUACAGGCAUUGAUUAUGGCCAUCCUGCUCUAGGUGAAGGAUUUGGCGAAGGUUUCAAAGUGCGAUACGGAUAUAAUCUCGUGGAUCCAGAUCACGACGAUAUUCAUGCAGGCUCCCAUCGAUCACCCAAUGAUCCUUUUGAUGUUUGCCUCGGAAAUUCUACCGGUCACGGCACUCAUGUCAGCGGUAUCAUUGGUGCAGUGGAUCCUGCCAUGCAUUUUACAGGGGUUGCCCCAGAUGCCACUUUGGGAGCGUGGCGAAUCUUUGGUUGCAAAGAAGGAGCCACAGAGGAUACCGUUAUUAAAGCAAUGGAAAUGGCUCGCGAUGAAGGUUGCCAUGUUAUUAAUCUCAGCUUGGGUGUGCAAAGGGCCUGGGCAAGUGAUGUGAUGGCUCUGGUCGCCGAUCGAUUGGCGGUUGAAGGCGUGGUUGUGGUCGGUGUGGCUGGAAAUCAAGGAACCGAUGGUGUCUUUCUGCAAAAUAGCCCUGGCGGAGGCAAUCAAGUGAUCUCAGUGGCAUCGCUUGACAAUUCUUUUUAUCCUACCGAUGUGCUGACUACACUUUUCCCGCUUCGUGAUUCAGCGUUUACACUGUGUACGGCAAGUACGCAGUUCAUCAAUGGUACCUUGACCACUGUUUUUGUCAACGAUUCUAUUACCACUGCUUGUGACCCUUCAUUGCCUUCUUCCGUGAAUGGCAAGAUUUUGCUGGCAAGACGUGGUUCAUGCCCCUACGAACAGAAAUUGCAAAACGCACUGCAGAGUGGUGCUAUUGGCAUCCUCGUUUACGAUGCCGAGUCGACGGCAAAAACGCCUAUUCUUGCUCUCACCGAGACGAAAUUUCCCUGUGCGACCAUCACACGGACGCUCGUGCACUCGUUGACCCCGUUUCUCCAGAAUGGCACCACGGAAUUAAAAGUAAUUAUGCCAGGUUACCCCGUGGAUGUGGACGUUGAAACGGCCGGUCAAGUGUCGUAUUUUUCCAGUAUGGGACCGACGUACGAUUUGAACCUGAAGCCCAACAUUGCCGGGAUUGGCCAACACGUCUUCUCGACAUUACCUCGCGACAUGGAUGGCGGAUGGGGGUUACGUAGUGGCACCUCCAUGGCCGCACCUCAUGUUUCAGGUAUUGCGGCUCUCAUGCUGCAAGCGAGUCGUGAACAAGGGAAACAAAUCUCACCACGCUACAUUAUGGAACAUUUGCAAAAUCACGCUCGUCCCGCCAUGUACAAGGGCGCACCUGAUCAUCCCGUACGGCAGGGUGCCGGUCUCGUGCAACCAUUUACUGCCUUGACAAACUUUAUACACAUUUCGCCAAGCCAACUGAGUUUCAACGAUACUUCACGACUCGACACCAAAACACACACUCUGCAAAUCACCAACCACGGCACUACCUCUGUGGGGGCUCAUUUACACCACGAACCGUCGUUAUCCAUUGAUACCUUUGACAGUAGUGUCGGUAAUUUUGUUCCUGCCGAACCUGCAGAACGUGGUCACGCACGCAUUGAUCUUGAAUUUUCGACGACGGUAUUGGAACUCGAGCCAGGCGAAACGGCGGAAAUUCAGGUGACGGCCGAAUUACCACCCCCGCCGCAUCAUUACGAAAUGUAUGGAGGCUACAUUGUGCUCAAAACCGAAAGCAACGACACUGUAGGCAGCGUACCGUAUUUUGGAAUUCUUGGCCGAAUGAAAGACUUGCCUUUGUUCGAUCAGGGCUAUCCUUUCAUCGCGAGUUCGGAUAAACUGUCCAAGGUUUCUUCGGAGAUUUACGAAUUCGAUAUUUCCCAGGAUGCCAUUUUGCCGUCACUCGUUGUGCGCAUGCUCAUGGCCACACCCGAAGUUCACAUUACCGUCCUGGAUGCGGACAACAAGCUUGUUGGCGAAUUGGAAGGUAGUCCAUUCACAUGGGAACGAAGUCGACUGGAUGACAAAUAUUUCGAAUGGGUGGUUCAAUGGAAUGGCAAGGUCAAAUCCUCCAACAACGCCACAGGGAUAUCGACGUCUGAGGCCCAAAUGAUUGAUCAUGGUUACUACCGCUUACACAUUGAAGCCCUGAGACUCAUGGGAGACCGAACGGAAAACAGUGAUUGGGAAAAAUGGACUUCACGUCUAAUUCACAUCCACUGAGCCAAUGAAGUAUUAAAACCAAAAAUAAAAUAAAAAAAGAAGCCCG